CAGAGAGGAGUGCAAUCCCUGCUUUUAUUUUUCUUUCCAGACGGCCACAGUUGAGCACAAAAACAAACUUGAACCAGACGAGCUGUGAGUCAACACUUGCGCAAAUGUCCUCGUCUGAGGUGGAGAAACCCACUACUUUUAUCUGAAGAGAUUUGAUCUUUUUAUUUUUCCAUUGUUGGAAAAGGGGAAGGGCUCUGCCAAGAAAAAAAAGCAACCAUUUGGAAUUAUGUUGUGCUUUCAGAAAGUGCGCACUUUACGCACAAGGCGCACCAUGAAACUUUGAGAUGUUGGAUCACCUUGUCUUUGUUGUUGUUCGCGUGUUAGGCUUUAUUUCCUUUGUUGGUGUCAGUUCUUCAGAACUCACUGUAACCAUGUGUCGUGGCUAAAUACUUUAAAGCGCGCACACAUACUCACUCACUCACAAAAACUCGAGACAGCAUGGGGGCCAAACAGAGCAGCCCUGUAUUUGAUGGCAGAACUCGGGCUUAUUCCAGCUCCGAUCUCCCAUCUGGAAACUCGAGCGGAGGGGGGCGGAUUGCGGGGUUUAGGUACACCAAUGGACCAGAUGGCCCCCGGAUCCGUUACACAGGUGGAGGGCCAACCAGCUCCGGUCUCAAUAUUCCGGCUGGCGUCAGGUCAGGGUCCCACGUACUCAGUCAGAGCCUCGAUGGCACGGAUGGUGACGAGGAGAGCGAGCUGCCGCCUGAGGGCCACAGGUUGCUUAUAGGGUCCCUACCGACCCACCUGUCCCCUCAUCUGCUGGGAGGCUUCCACUGUCCUGUUUGCUCCAAGUUUAUGGCAUCGGAUGAAAUAGAGAAGCACCUGCUCAUGUGUUUCAGCAAAACGCGUCUCACCUACAACAAGGACAUCCUGUCCAGAGACUCUGGGGAAUGUGCCAUCUGUUUAGAUGAGCUGGAGCAGGGAGACACCAUUGCCAGGCUGCCCUGCCUCUGUAUCUAUCAUAAAGGGUGUAUAGACGAGUGGUUUGAGGUGAAUCGCUCGUGUCCGGAGCAUCCCGCCGACUAGGAGCUGCAGGAGUACAGUUUCAGUCUGCUGUACAUCACUGUGGUGGACUGUGCGCCCUGAUCUCAUCACAACACCGUCUGUUCCAGCCGAGCAUCAGCGCUCCUCAGGGAUUGUAAGACAUUGUUGUGAACAGAAUUUUUCAUAUUGCCUCAUGGAAUAGUGAUGUACUUUGGAUAUGUUUCUCUAGACAUCGUGGGAUGUUCAAAGAACCACUGGUUGAGUAAUUUUAUCUCCAGAAAAUAUGUGAAUGUUCCUUAUGCCAAAUUCUGGCCUAAAGUGGGUUAAUGAAACCUGGGAUCUGAACCAUUUAACUGAACAGGGUGUGGUUUUAUAUCAGAGGACUUGUGUAACCAACAUGGUGCGAGGAUUACGGCUCUUUUCAGCAGAGAUUUAAAUUGAGAGACUGUUCAGACUUGAUCAGAAGGCUGAAGGCUGAUAUUGUGCAAUGUAAAAAAAAAAACAGCCAUUCAGAUUUAGAAAUGCCUUUUUUCAGCUUUAAGGGAUGAUUACAGUGUUGAUCGUAGUUAGGAUGUAGAUCUUAAUUUGAUCGUGAAAUUGGCAAAAUCACUCUUUUGUUAAACAAUCAUGUGUCCUCGACCAAAUAGUCUAAUGUGAAAUAGUCUUUGUUAAUCAUUUGUCCGUUCAGAACCACAGUAAUGUGAUCGUGUAGUUUAGUGGUGGAAUCAGAGAUAAAACAUAUCUAAUAAUGAUUCAUACUCUAAGGAGUGUCUUAAUAUGCUGCUAUGUCAUAGACUGGAAUGUUUUCCUAUAACCUUUGAACCUUUGUUUAUUGUUCUUUCUAUUUGUACUGUAAGGUUUUGCACAACAAUAAAUGUUUUGUCUUUGUGUCUCGA